CUGAAAGACACUAUUUAAGAUCCUUUGCGAAGACAAAAUGCAGCUGCGUUUUCUGCAGAGCAUUAAUAUAAAAUUUACAUUUGUCUACUGAUCAGAAAAGCUUAAUUUUAAAAAUGGUAGAUGCUUUCUGUGGCACAUGGAAACUGGUCAGCAGUGACAACUUUGAUGAGUAUAUGAAAGCUCUAGGCAUUGGGUUUGCAACAAGACAAGUUGGAAAUGUGACCAAACCGACGACCAUCAUCUCCAAAGAGGGAGACAAAGUGGUCCUAAAAUCACAGAGUACUUUCAAGAACUCCGAGAUCUCAUUCACGCUGGGAGAGGAGUUUGAUGAGACCACCGUGGAUGACCGACACUGUAAAUCCACUGUGGUAAUGGACGGAGACCGGCUUGUCCAUGUGCAGAAGUGGGAUGAAAAAGAGACCACUCACGUCCGGGAGAUCAAAGACGGGAAGAUGGUGAUUAAACUCACCAUUGGGGACGUGGUGGCUGUGCGCACAUAUGAAAAAGCAUAAACUGUGGGAAUAUUAUGAGGAUUUGUCCUCCUCCGGGCAGCAAGAGAUACGACAUGCGCUUUAACGCUUUGCGCGUCAUUUCUCCAAACCAUGGACUACAAAUAUUUUUUUCUAUCCGUUUUUUAAAUACUUUUAUGACCCUAUUCAUUUCUAAUAAACGACCAGGCAAAAAUAAA